AUGGAAUCCCAUCACGGCGGCGGCGGGAAGGCGCGGGACAUGUUCUCGGUGUACCAGAACCCGUCCCUCACCCGGGCCCUAGACUCCCGCAGCGCCCGCCCCUCCGUCACAGUCCUCCUCGUCCUCGCGGUCUUACCCGUUGCUUCCGCCUCCUCCCUCCUCGCCCUCUCCUCCCGGGUGGAGCAGCUCACCAAGCUCGCCGCCCGAGCCGGUAUCUCUGCCCUUGCUGCUGUUUUUGUCUUUAGGUUGGUGGAGGCAGCACUGGGUCUUGUUGCGCUUUUCACACUGUUGGGGUUCUUCAGGGCACUGAUGUUAUACAAUGGGAAGAAGGCACUGGCCAAGGACGACAAGGUUGUGUUGUCUGAACGCCAACUGGGGCUUCUUGGGUUAAAGAUGUCGGGUUCAGAAGGAGGUGGGAAAGGUGAGCAAACCAAAAGGCCUCCCAAGAACAAGCCAUCAACACCAUUGGAGCCAAUUGUGCCUAUUAGGAGGUCUUCUUUCAGCUAUACACCAUCUCGGCCUUCGGGGCAAUCUAGGAUUGGUUCCAGCCAUUUGAGCCCUGGUGGUGAGAGACUGACCACGGCAUUGCCAAUGUCACCCUCCACACCGUUGCAGAAGCAUGUCUCUUCUCCUUCAACUCCAUGGUCAAGGAAAAGCUCAGGCAGUGCCAAGGGCAUACAGACAGAGGCAAUGCUGGACCAGUUCUUGGCUGGCUUGGAUGUAAAUAUUGACAAAAUCACGGAUCCAGAGACUAAGACCACAACACCUCCAGCAACCAUUACAAGCUUUGGUGUUGCUACCCCUGUUUCAAUUACCACAUCAACCACCCCUUCUGGUGCUGCAAGGAGCACACCUCUGAGACCUGUGAGGAUGUCUCCUGGCUCCCAUCAGAAAUACAGCACGCCACCAAAAAAGGGUGAGGGUGAACUUCCAUCUCCAAUGUCCUUAGAGCAAGCAGUGGAGGCCUUUGACAACUUGGGUGUAUAUCCUGAGAUUGAGCAGUGGAGAGAUAGUCUCAGGCAAUGGUUUUCUUCAGUUGUGAUGAACCCACUUGUCCAAAAAAUCAAAACAAGCCAUACUCAGGUUAAGCAAACAACAGCUACUGUUGGGGCUUCAGUUACUGUUAGCCAAGUUGGAAGCGAUCUGCCAAGCACAACACCACCAGUUUCCUUGUCUCCUCUUGGUGGGACUAAAGAUUGGCAACCGACUGUCACGGUAGAUGAGGAUGGGAUCCUUAACCAAUUACGCUCUGCACUCCUACAUUCUCGAGAUGCCCCUGUUGUGCAAACUUUUGGCAGUCCACAACAGCCACAACGGAAUCCCCUCCUUCCUGCUAUUCAAGCAUGUAUUGAUGCAAUUACAGAGCAUCAGAGGCUCAACUCUCUGAUGAAGGGAGAGCUGAUAAAAGGCUUAUUGCCACAGAGUAGUGUCCGUGCUGAUUACACUGUCCUGAGAGUUCAAGAACUUGCUGAAGGAACAUGCUUGAAGAAUUAUGAUUACAUGGGUCAUGGAAAUGGCUAUGGUAAAUCAGAAAAGAAAUGGACCACUGAGCUACCUACUGACUCACACCUUCUUCUGUACCUGUUUGCUGCUUUCCUUGAACAUCCGAAAUGGAUGCUUCAUGUUGACCCUACCUCGUACUCUGGUGCCCAGUCCAGCAAAAAUCCCUUAUUUCUGGGAGUUCUUCCACCAAAAGAGAGGUUUCCAGAAAAGUAUGUUGCUCUGAUAUCAGGUGUUCCGGCAGUUAUCCACCCAGGGGCCCUUAUACUGGCUGUGAGCAAGCAGAAUCCUCCAAUUUUUGCUCUAUACUGGGACAAGAAGCAGCAAUUUUCUCUUCAGAGUCAUUCAUUUCAGCAUGGAUUGCUGUUGAGGAAAUGCUAUUUUGUUUUAAUAAGAUACACGAUCUAG